GGGAAUCUUUAAAUUUGACAUUUGACGUUCUGUUUGAAAAGGUUUUUCCAACGGUUUUAAAAACUUGUUAGUACUCCAAUAUCCAUAUCUCCAUCCCUCUAAGUUUUUUAUUUUUAUGCAUUUUUCAUAAUAGAAAAAUGGAUAGUGGUAUUAUUCCUAACAAAAGACGUCUUACUGCUCCUGGAACCAUUGUAAAUGCAGGGACAAAACCAGUUAUUCAUCAUUUACCUAAUAGAUCUAACAGAACUUUAGCAGAGGACCAUGCAAGAAAGCAUCAUACUAAAGUCAAAUUGAAAACACCCAAAAGUUGCAGCUUAAUAACAGACAAAGAGAAUAGUUUUAAUAUACCUUUAAAGAAUAUCAGCUGUUAUACUGUCCCUGAAGCUACUCGAGGACCAAAUUGCUCAUCUAAUAGCUUUCAGGAGGGAAAUGAUGCAAAAAGAAAUAUUCUGACUGAAUCAGAUUUGGAUUGUAGUGACCAAGAAAAUAAUAUAGAUCCAAAUGGUACCUUUUCAAUAGCUACUCCAGGCCCUAUCCAUUCAAAUAUUCAAUUUGAUCAAUCAGCAAAUGAAACUAAAAAGAUCUCUACAGACUCAGACAUCGAAUUUGGUCAUAAAAUGAGGCCAAGAAAACGUUUUAGUUCACAGUCACAAACCCGACUUGAAACAAAUACAAGAAAGUCUGUACGCUUCAUGCCAACUAAAACUGUCAUACAUUCCUCACGAAUACAAGAUAUGACACCUGGUUACUCAGUAAAGAAGUCAAGUUCUGAAGCUUCCAAUAGAUCAAAAAAGUUGUCAGAUAGAAAAUCAACUCCUUUUGUUAAGAGAAGCAAAAGUUCUGCGAUCACUAUAGAUAGCAAUACAAGUUCAAGUGUAAGUGGAUCAGAACCAGAGCUAGGCAACAAGAGCUCUUUGGUUCCAAGAUAUUGCUUAAGAUCUGGAAGUAUGGAUAAGAAAAUUCCUGAAGAAUCACUUGAGGACAAUGCUGUUGAAGCAAAUUCUACCAAACACAAAAAUAAGACCCCAAAAAAAGUCUCUUGCAUUGAUUUGGUCACUCCAAAUCCUAAGGCACAUCAAUCAUUGAAACGAGAAGGUACUUUCAUUGUGGAUAGUCCCUCAAUUGUUGCGAUAGAUUAUUCCACAAGAAUUGACGAGUCGAUGAAUGAAACCAAUACUACAAAACAGCAAAGAAAGAGGUGGGACAGAUCUCUUGGUUCUGUUAUGCUUGAUAAAUCUGCUUUUGACCUCAUUGGUGUUACUCCAUCCAAGAAUAUUGAAACUAAGGCUCCAAGGAAAAGAUGGGACAAAUCUCUUGAACCUGCAGCAGUGGACAUUUCUGGAUUUGAGCUCCUGGAUAAUCAAGCUCCUCCAUUAUGGGAUGAGCUUUCCCCACCACCGGAUAAAGAUGAUUUUGCUGUUAAAAAUAAACCAGGUACAUCUGGACCAAAGUGCUACAGUAGUACUCCUAUACCAUAUACCAGAAGUUCUGCUAGAGCCAUUUCUGCACAGAAAAUUAUUCCCGAACUGGGAAAGAAAAAAAUGGACAAGAUGUCUACAAAAUCAAAAAUUCCAAAUUUUGCUUUGAUACAUCAGAAGAAUUUCCAGAAGAUGGAAAAUAUAAAAGAAAUGGUUGAAAGGAAGGCAAAAAGGGCUGAACUUCUUCUUUCAGGUCAGAAACCUCCAAGAGCUGUACCCACUCCAAAAGACAGCAAGCUUAGCAAAGCUCUGAGAUAUAGUCCCAAGAAACAGUCCUCCACUAAACUAGAGACAAAUAUUCCUAAACCUACAAAAUCAGUGAAGAUGAAGUCUACUGAGCGACAGAACCAUGUCCUUGUAAAAGCUGCUAAAAUAGUCACAAAUAAUUCAGUGCCUAAAAGAAAGUCAAUAGAGAACCAGAAAAAUGGUUUUUCGAAAUUCGGCUUUAAGGUCGGACAAGAAGCUGUCAAAAAGGUCACCAAGGAGGAACAGGCAAAGGCAGUUGCCACUAAAACGAAGGUUGCAAAGCAUACAUUAGACUCUCGUAGAAUAAUGACGCAAAAAGUAAGGUCCAAUCGCCGGUUUGACCUGCUUAUGCAAAUGAGAAAUAAGCCAAAAUAAAAUGUUUCGAUAUUUCAUACAAUGUGUACUAUGUACAUAUCAGUUUUAAUGAAAAUAAAUUUAAAAUUCUCAUUUCUGUUGUAAACAUUUUGCUAUUUUUAUUAAAAAUUGCAUUUUAUGCAUGUUUUUUGUAAACUUAGAUUAGUAAGCGCUUUAUGUAAUACGUAUUUGAAAAAAUAUAUUUUUCUCUGAAUGA